AUGGUUCCAGAAAUGGCUCCAGAAAUGGUUCCAGAGAUGGUUGGUAGCAAUGAUAACAGUUUGAUGAAAAAGAGAAAGUCGGAUGUGCAAUCGCAGGCUCUAUGCAAGAAACCCAAAGACUCAAACUCAUCUUCACCUUGGAUUUCCACCGAUCCUGAGCAUCCAAUCAACUUGAUUCCUGAGUUGUGUAGACUGUUCUAUACUCUGGGAUGGGUAACUGGAACUGGAGGUGGAAUCACCAUCAAGAAAGACAAUCAUAUCUACAUUGCUCCUUCUGGAGUUCAAAAAGAACGACUCGAAUCCGUCCAUCUUUAUGUCUUGACUUGCUCAAAAGAAAUUGUUGUCUCGCCUCCUCCCGCUCUUUUGCUUAAACCAUCGCAAUGCACUCCUCUUUUCUACAAUGCUUACGAUCUGCGCAAUGCUGGCGCUUGUAUUCACACUCAUUCGCAAAACGCAGUGCUCGCUACUCUUCUCUACGAUAAAGAAUUCGUAAUCACUCAUCAGGAAAUGAUCAAAGGCAUUCGAAAGGGUGAAACUAGCACAAACUACAAGUACUAUGAAAAAUUGGUUGUGCCAAUCAUUGAAAAUACUGCCGAGGAAGAGGACUUGAAGGAGCGAAUGGAGGCUGCUAUGAAGGCAUAUCCUGAUACAAAUGCUGUUCUUGUUCGUCGUCAUGGCGUGUAUGUUUGGGGACAAACAUGGCAAAAAGCUAAAUCUAUGACCGAAUGCUACGACUAUCUGUUUGAAAUUGCUGUCAAGAUGAAGUCGUAUGGAAUCGAUCCAGCUCAAGUUCCUGCUGAUAGCGAAUACGCUUCUUGCGUAUGA